AUGCUUAACGCCACCACCACUGCCCGACAUGCAGGAGCCCCAUCUCCUCUUACCGAGCAGGCCAAGGUAGAUGCCAUCAUUUGCCUGCUUCAACUUUCAACACAUUUGCGUCCCUGUCAUUUGCUGGACCGUGUCUUGCCGCAUUUAGUUGAGCUGACUGGCGCGGCUGGCUUCAUUGCUUCCACUCCGUCCCCAGCCGGGACAGCUACUGCAGCCACUGCUGCUGCCGUUGAUGUAGAUUUGGCUCCUGGAGCCGUUUCAGCGAUGGGAUUUUCGACUGUUGGGCCAGCUACUGGCGGAAGUGGAGGGGGAGUGUCCGCAACGACUACCAACGGAGCGGCUUUUUUUGAUCUUGCUUAUCUAACCGAGUACUUGUUGCCUAGUCUUACUGGACUUAGUCUAGACCCUGAUCCUGAGGUCAGAUUGGCGGUAGCUAGAUGUCUUCCUGUGUUGGCUGAAGCAUCCCUUUGCUUUGAUCUUGGAAGAUGA